AGCAUAUCCUGUCGCAGCUCCCUAAUCUCACUUCCCAACUCACUAAUUGCUGUAAUUAACUAUCCUAAUUUUCAUCUUGUUCCCCCCCAAAUAUCCCUGAAAUCUCCUGUUGCUAAUUAUUAUUAAGCUAAACAACAUUAAAAAAAAAAAAUGCUAGGAAAAUUUAUUCUCUAAUUAUUUCGGUUGGUGUGAUCUACCGAUCUGUGUUUUAUUGUUGUUAUCGAGGAGCUAUCAAUCAUUUUUCGUAGUUUUGAAGGUUUCGUUUCUGAUUCAUUAUUUAUAUAUUUAUUUUUUUUUAAAAAAAAUUUCUGAAUUUGGUGGAAGAAGCUUCCAUUUUUCUGCCAUUUUUGGGCUAUAAAAACAAGCUCGAAAUUUGUGUGAGAGAUCAUACAGAUUCAUUAGGGUUUUGGGCGAUACUUGUUUGAAUUUCAAGAGCAGAUAUUGAGUGGAAGAGUAGAUCUGAGCAAUGGCGACGACUUCCUCAAACGGAGAUCAUCAAACAACCACAAAGCCACCACCAUUGCCGUCUCCAUUGCGCAAUUCCAAGUUUUUUCAGUCCAAUAUGAGAAUUUUGGUUACUGGAGGAGCUGGAUUUAUUGGUUCUCACCUAGUGGACAAAUUGAUGGAGAAUGAGAAGAAUGAGGUAAUUGUUGUUGAUAACUACUUUACUGGAUCCAAGGACAAUCUCAGAAAGUGGAUUGGUCAUCCAAGAUUUGAGCUAAUUCGUCACGAUGUCACUGAGCCAUUGUUGGUUGAGGUUGAUCAGAUUUACCAUCUUGCUUGCCCUGCUUCUCCAAUUUUCUACAAAUACAACCCUGUAAAGACAAUAAAGACAAAUGUAAUUGGCACACUGAACAUGCUCGGACUUGCCAAGCGUGUUGGAGCUAGGAUCUUGCUGACUUCAACUUCAGAGGUAUAUGGAGAUCCUCUUGUGCAUCCACAACCUGAGAGCUACUGGGGUAAUGUUAACCCAAUUGGGGUUCGCAGCUGCUAUGAUGAAGGGAAGCGUGUGGCUGAGACACUUAUGUUUGAUUACCAUAGGCAGCAUGGGAUUGAAAUUCGCAUUGCUAGAAUUUUCAACACAUAUGGGCCUCGGAUGAACAUUGAUGAUGGCCGUGUUGUCAGCAAUUUCAUUGCUCAAGCACUUCGUGGGGAACCAUUGACAGUUCAAAAGCCUGGGACACAAACUCGCAGUUUCUGUUAUGUCUCAGACAUGGUUGAUGGCCUCAUUCGUCUCAUGGAAGGUGAACACACUGGUCCAAUCAACAUUGGAAACCCAGGUGAAUUUACCAUGCUUGAACUUGCAGAGACAGUGAAGGAGCUCAUUAAUCCUGAUGUGGAGAUAAGGAUGGUGGAGAACACUCCUGAUGAUCCACGACAGAGGAAGCCUGACAUCACAAAGGCAAAAGAAUUGCUAGGUUGGGAGCCAAAAGUCAAGUUGCGGGAUGGUCUUCCCCUUAUGGAGGAGGACUUCCGAUUAAGGCUUGGAGUCUCCAAAAAAGCGUGAACUGAAACUUACAUUAGUGCUGGGGUGAUAUAGAGUGGUCAUGGUGGGGAGGUGUCAUAAAAGACAACAGCCAUCUGUGUUUGUUUACGUCCCCAGUUUCAGAUUGUGUCUUGUCUUCUGUCUCAUUAUUUUCCUAAUCAUGUCACAGAAAAUAAAAAGAAUCAUGGAUUUUGAAAAAUGUGGAACUCUUUAUUAUUGGUCGUGAAUUUAGUGAACAAGAGUUGAAUUAUUGCCCUGAAUUUUGUUGCGAAAAUUUAUUUAAUAUAAAGUUACAGGAGUU